GCCACGGGAGCUGACAAGCGGCGAGGAGCGAGCUGAGCUCCAGGGUCCUCGGCCUUGGCCCCCUGGACCCGGCUUCUAGGGCUGCGCGGGCGGCCGUCGAGAGUGACCGCACUCCGUCACUAAGGGCUUGCCGCCGGGACACCCCAAAUUCCGACCCCGCGCCUCGCCUCUCUGCUUCGUCGACCCCUAGCGUCGGCGCGUGGGCGGGCGGUGGGGGCGGAACUCGCCCUCCCGGGCCGCUGAUUGGCUGUUUCCGCUUCCCUUUCACCUUCCCUGCUGCGAAGUUCAGGUGUGAAGGGACCGCGGUCUGCGAGGCCGCCGCUGUCUGAUAGGUUGCGGUUUGCUCUCCAAGGGAGGCGUUAACCUCGCCCAGGUUUCUGCGGCAGCGCCCCACCAGGCCAGGUUCCGGAAAUAGUUUGGGUUUAUAUUAUUUUAUCGGACGGUGGAAGAUGUUGGCAUUUAUGUUCGCCUCUACACGAAUGUUUUGCUGGCAACUUAAAUGACUAUUUUUCUCAGAAACGCGAGAUAUUUUCUCCCCCAGGUGUUAAUACUGUUAUUUUUCAUGACAGAUCUUGACCACAAUACAUACAAAAAAUACAUAGAGAUGAUAACUAAUAUAGUUAUAUUGAGUCUGAUCAUUUGCAUUUCUUUAGCUUUCUGGAUUAUGUCUAUGACUGCAAGCACCUAUUAUGGUAACUUACAGCCUAUUUCUCCUUGGCGUUGGCUGUUUUCUGUUGUUGUUCCUGUUUUGAUCGUCUCUAAUGGCUUUAAAAAGAAAAGUCUAAAUCAUACUGGGGCUUUAGGAGGGCUCGUGGUUGGAUUUAUCCUAACCGUUGCAAAUUUCAGCUUUUUCACCUCUUUGCUGAUGUUUUUUCUUUCUUCCUCAAGACUCACUAAAUGGAAGGGAGAAACAAAGAAACGUCUAGAUUCAGAAUACAAGGAAGGUGGGCAGAGGAAUUGGAUUCAGGUAUUCUGUAAUGGAGCUGUGCCCACAGAGCUGGCCCUGCUAUACAUGAUAGAAAAUGGCCCUGGGGAAAUCCCAAUAGAUUUUUCCAAGCAGCACACUGCUUCUUGGAUGUGUUUGUCUCUCUUGGCUGCACUGGCCUGCUCUGCUGGAGACACAUGGGCUUCAGAAGUUGGCACUGUUCUGAGUAAAAGCCCACCGAGGCUGAUAACAACCUGGGAGAAAGUUCCAGUAGGGACCAACGGAGGAGUUACGAUGGUGGGCCUUGCCUCCAGUCUCCUUGGUGGGACCUUUGUGGGCAUUGCAUACUUCCUCACGCAGUUGGUUUUUGUUAAUGACUUAGACGUUUCUGCUCCUCAGUGGCCAAUUAUUGCAUUUGGGGGUCUGGCUGGAUUACUAGGAUCAAUUGUGGAUUCGUAUUUAGGAGCUACCAUGCAAUUUAGUGGUUUGGAUGAAAGCACUGGCAUGGUGGUCAGCAGCCCAGCGAAUGAGAUUCAUCCUCAUGACAUACUUUGGGGCAAAAAUACUCAUUGGAGCCAUUUGGGGUUUGGUAGAAUCACCACAUCAGUAACAGUUUGGGGACAUACUGCUUCACAAUCCUUUGUUUGAAAACCUAGGGCUAGUUGUGUUUUGGAAUCAAAAUUUUUUAGAUUUUAGAAAAGUGAUAGGGUACCUAUAAAAUAUUUUACUUAAAAAUCCCUAAAGACUCCCCACCGCGACUUAACCCCGGAAGCAGGGUGGCGGGCUCCUGUGCUGGUGCGGCGGAGGACUGUGGCGCGAGCCUCAGGUAACAGAGGAAGCAGCAGUGUUUCACUUCUUCAGAAAGCCUCCGGAAUCUAAAAAGCCCUUGGUACCAGAGACAGAAGCAGAUGGAUUUGUCCUUUUAGGGAUUUCGUGUGGAUCUGCCCAUUAAGUUGGCCCAGUACCAAGGGCAGUACAGCAGCUACCCCAAGCUCUUUUACACCUCCAACAUCCCGCAGUCGGCCCUGGUGUCCAACCUGAGAUACAGCUCAUGAGCAAAGAGUGGCAGCAAGAGGCAAAACUUCAGACAUAGAAGGCUAUGAGACUUUGGAGUGCACCACUGCUAGCCGGGAGGGAGUCCGGGAGAAGUCUGGAGCUGCCGAAGAGGCAAGAGACCUUUUUUCUUCCCUCUUUGCUUCCUGAGGCGCGAGGAGAGGGGAUUAAGCGCGCCGCUUAAAGGAGCUCCAGAGAAGGGCGCGGAGCUGCCGAAGAGACAAGAGACUUUUUCUUUCUUCUUUGUUUCCUGGUGUGCGAGGAGAGGGGAUUAAGCGCGCGGCUUAAAGGAGCUCCAGAAACGGGCACGAGCCGCGGCUAUCAGUGCAGACCCCAGAGACAGGCAUGCGACACUAAGGCUGCUGCUAGCACCACCAAGAAGCCUGUGUGCGAGGACAGGUCACUCUCCACACCUCCCCUCCCGGGAGCCUGUGCAGCCCGCCACUGCCAGGGUCCCGUGAUCCAGGGACAACUUCCCCGGGAGAACGCACGGCGCGCCUCAGGCUGGUGCAACGUCAUGGUGGCAUCUGCCGCCG